AUGAGCACUGCGGGAGAGCCCGCCAGCCCGGGGGCUCAGCAGGGAGCAGCGUGGGCCAAGAGCGAGAAUGAGGAGCGGCUGGAGGAGGGCGCCAAGCGGCGAGUGAUCCUUGUCACCUACGUCGUUGCAACGCUAGACCUCAUCUUCUUGUUCAUGCAGUUUGGAGUCAUGCCGUACUUGGCAAAGAGCCUAGGUUUGGACUCGGUUGGGUUUGGCUACCUCCAGACAACCUUCGGUGUCCUUCAGCUCGUGGGAGGUCCCAUUUUUGGAAGAUUUGCUGACCAGUUUGGUGCCCGAGCUGCCUUGAUACUCUCCUGUGCGUCCGCAAGUGCCUUCUUCCUGCUGGCAUCCAUCACCACCAGCAUCCCUCUCCUCUACCUCUCCCGGCUGCCCAUGGUGUUCAUGCAUGUGAUGCCAGGUGCUCAGAAGGUUAUUACAGAUCUGACUACUCCUUCUGAACGUGCCGGUGCAUUGGGGAAGUUGGGCCUUUGCUUCGGAAUAGGAAUUAUCCUCGGUUCUGCACUGGGAGGCAUCCUCUCCACCAAAUUCGGCAUUUUUUCCCCUAUGUAUGUUGGACUGGUAGGAAGCCUCAUAAGCACCGUGAUAGUGAUAGUCGGGAUCCCUUCACCAGCCAGACAGAAGUCGGAGCAUCCCAUGACAGAGCAUAGCCCAUUGCAGGCUGGCAGCGUGUUCAGCCUCCACAAAAUCCUCCGCCUGAUGAAGUUCCCAGGAGUGAUGGAAGUUUUCCUGGUCAAGGUCCUUGCUGGAUUUCCCAUAGGUUUGUUCCUGAUCAUGUUUUCCAUCAUCUCUAUGGAGUUCUUUGGCUUGGAAGCAGCGCAGGCUGGAUACCUGAUGGCCUAUUUUGGUGUCCUUCAAAUGGUGGUGCAGGGCCUGGUCCUGGGCAGACUCACCAGCCUCUUCACGGAGAAGACCCUGCUGCGGCUCAGCGUGCUCGUCCUAGCCGGCGUGGGCCUGGGCAUGGCCCUGAUGAGGAACGUGCUGCAUUACUGCAUUGUCUCUGUGCCGCUGGUGUUCUCCCUCAGCACGCUGGCCACCAUCACGGACAGCAUGCUCACCAAGGCUGUCCCUGCUUCUGAGACCGGCACCAUGCUGGGACUCUGCGCCUCAGUGCAGCCCCUGACCCGCACCUUGGGGCCUACCAUUGGCGGCAUUUUGUACAAGCACUUCGGCGUCUCCUCCUUCGGCUGCUUGCAGCUCAGCAUCAACGUGGGCUUGUUCGCCUACCUCCUCAGGAGCAAUAUCCCGCUGGGAGAAAAAAAAAGCCUCUGA